GCGCAAGACACGGAGUGACGUGACGAAUCCCGGGAACAGAGGAGGAGCUGGGGGAGGUGCAGGAUACCUAAAGUCUUGUGUGGGCUACUAGUGUUGGGGUGCAGACAGACGAUUUUGUGGUGGGAGCGGCCGGAGACAAGGUGUUGACGGCUAGAAGGUGGGCGGUAGACGAGUCCAGGGCAAGGAAAUGGGCCGCCCCCAAGAACUUCACCAGAUCUUGCAAGUUGCGGGUUCGGGGCGCAUCGUGCUACUGCUCGACUUGCCGAAUAGGCUGCUACGAUGUCUGCAUGGUAGCGAAGGUGUACCCCGACUUGGUUGGCGAGGUGAUGGAGAAGUUGGGAAAAGAGAUGGUUGGGAGACGCACGCGUGGGGCUCAAUUGACCGGCGUUAUUCUUCUGGUCAUAUCUUCGGACGAGUCCCCAGUGGCGCCUACGCUUGACGAGAGCAUGGGGGAAGUGGGGGGGGGAGGGGAGAAGGAAGAUGAGGGGGAGGAGUUGGGGGAGCGGGAGGAAGCGCAAUACGUAAGCUCAAGAGGUCGCGUGGUUUGGCAACAGCAUCAAUCUCAACCCCUCCCCGGCACAUACCGGAAGGCGCCCUCAGCCGAUGCUGUGGUUGCCCUGUUGAGGCAAGGGGCGGACGCAAACAACCUGAACGCCAAACCUUCGCCAAGGCACGGUGAUAACGUUAGUCUCACCGCUCUGCAUAUUGCCGUCUCCAACGAGCAAGCGGGUGUGGUUGACGCGCUCGUAGAGGCUGGUGCUGACAUUGACGUUCAAGGAGGCGAAACGUGCGAGACGCCGUUGCAUUUGGCGACCAAGCUGGGGUCAUCCGAAGCAGUGGCCUCUCUCUUGAAGCUCGAAGCUGACGAGAACAAGCUGAAUGGCGAUCAGUACUCUGCUCUUCACCUGGCUGCCGAGAGCGGUAGCGCUGCCAUCGUUCAUGUACUUCUGGCCACAGGUGCUCAGCCAAAUCUUCGUGGAGGCGAGGAUGGGAAGACCGCGUUGGACCUGGCCGCUUUGGGUAGGCAUGUCGAGGCUGCGACAGCUUUAGUCCAGCAUCGAGCGAGCUUGAAUGCGACGGACAAGCUUGGGCGGGCUCGUGUCGAUGCGAGGGACCAGCAGGGUUUGACGCCCCUGCAUUCCAAAUCGCAUGAAUGGUGCGCUGAAGCUAUUGCGACGCUCAUGAAGCACGGGGCCGGCGGCAACCACAUCAACGCCGACGGGGAAUCGCCUCUCCACCUUGCAGUACGAAGAAACGAUGUCCCUGUUGCAACCGCCCUCUUGGUCGGGGGGGCGAAUCCCAACCUUGACAGCCAGGGUGGCGCUUUUCCUCCGUUGUACCUGGCUACUAUCAUGGGAUAUCUAGAUGUGUUAAGGGUGUUACUUCAGCACGGAGCGGACGUGAACCGAUCCCGCACAGCUGGUGCUACCCUGUUGCACACAGCUGCCAACCACAAAGAUGUCGGCGUAGUUGAAGCACUCAUUGCUGCCGGAGCCGACCUGGAGGCGGAGGAUACAAACGGCGGUACACCUCUUCAUCAAGCUCUCCGCUCGGGAUCCUCCGAAGUCGUCCAAGUCCUGUUGAAACACGGCGCCGAUCAAACCAAGCGGACGUCGAGAAACCAAGGGCUCCUUCACGAGGCCGCCGAAGGAGGCAGCGUUUCCUGCGUGGAAGCACUUCUCGCCGGUGGUAAUCGCACCGCGCUGCACAAGGCCGCCAUUGUCCAUGACGGGUACCUCUUGAUCAACGCCCUUGUUGACGGGGGUGCUGCCAUCGAGGACCGGGAUAACAAAGGUAGAACUCCCCUUCAUCUCGCGUCUUCGUCGCACAGAUUCGUGGAAAUGAAGGUCCUUCUUCGAAGCGGCGCUGACAUCCGUGCGAGAGACAAGAAUGGACGCUCACCGCUACCCCUUGCGGUGGAUGAAGGGUACGACGCCGCCGAUGCGUGCUCGCCUGUGGACCUGCUAUUGAGAUGGGGGGCAGAUGAAUCCGCUAAAGACGACGGCGACCAAGACGACGACGACGACGACGACGACGAUGGCCCAAACGUCGGCAACAGCCCGGCAGAGCCUUGGGAGUAUCGCGUUGAGGUCACGCACACCACAUACGCCGACGUGGCUCCCGUUCAAAAGCUUUUGGAUGACGCCCAGAAGGACAGGACGUGGCGGCGACGUGGCUGGCUUGUCAUGUGCCGUGCUUUCCCCGACAAGGUGCGGCUGAGAGCGGACAGCGGAGGAUCGAUCGCUUAA